CAGAAUUUCAGUCACAUCUCGUAUUAAGUGCUUUGAAAUAUAUCGCAGUUUGUAAUACAUGAAGAUUACGAAUAGAUAUUCAUUGUGCGUAUUACGUUGCGACUGUAUAUCAACGAGAAACGACGACAAAAUUGGAUGCUUCGACCAUUGUUAGGAAAUAUCUACGAUUGUGACGAUACGACAACGUGAAUGGGAAUAUAAACAAACCGUG